AUGAGUCAAUCCCAGCAGCUGCCUUCAGCGCGGAGGCAGGUCAGCUCAGGUUCUUACGGGCCUCACGGAGGCCAGCAAGACGAAUUGCAUAUGCAAGGCAUGACGUCGAGUACCCAUGAUCAGAUGGGAUCACAGAAAGAAGACUACACGCCACAAAUCAAGGUUGACUACCCGCCUCCAAACGCCCACUCCUCCGACCAGACCCAACCUCGACACCAUCACCACCACCAACCGUCUGCUGGUUCAGGCGUACCAAACGUCCUACAACCGGGUGGCCUGUCAGCCCGCUCAACAACAGUUUCCUCUAAUACUGCGCCGCUUCUUUCCACACACAGCGCGAUGCCGCCUCCUUCAACCGGCCCACCCCCGUCGCAACAGAACCAAUACCCGCACCAACGCUCGCCCGCCUCCCACGAAUAUCAGACACCACCGAAGCCAUCCCUCUCAAUGGCGCAUCCUCACACAUAUUCCCUCUCUAGUCCCUCCUCUGGCUAUGACGGUUCAGCCAAUUAUCAUGCCUAUACUCCAACGACGCCUAGCGGCCCAGCAUCUCAACUCAUGUCACCUGCGGAUGCUGACAAGUAUAGUGCUCCUGGAUCGCAGCGAAAUUUCUCCAAUACCCCGCUUGGCCUCGCCGAUAUAAGACCCCGCGCCGACUCUAGCAUGUCAGACGGAGUUCCCGGAGCCACUGGUCAGGAUAUUUCGAGUACACAACCUGGGCCUAGUAACUACAUGGCCCCUUGGGCAGUCUAUGCAUUUGACUGGUGCAAAUGGCCUCCCCUUGCGAAUGGCGCGGGAAAAUUAGCUGUGGGAAGCUAUCUCGAGGAUGGCCAUAAUUUCAUCCAAAUUCUGGAUAGUCAAGUUGCCUCUGCCGCACAGGACGUUUACACCCUAGAUACGUCGAGUUAUAGUUUGGAGUUCACCAAAGUGGCUGAGGCAACACAUUCGUACCCGGUCACUAGGCUUCUGUGGGAACCUCCCUCAUCUCAGAAACAGUCGACAGAUCUUCUAGCGACUUCUGGCGACCACCUUCGACUUUGGUCACUGCCGUCCGAGACGCAGACCACAUCGAGCAAUACAGUCACCCGUGGGGUUCGAGAUACAUCCUCUAUCACAAAGUUGACGCCCUUAGCGCUGCUAUCAAAUUCGAAGACACCAGACCAUACGGCACCUCUCACAUCCCUCGAUUGGAACACAGUCUCUCCAAGUCUUAUUAUCACUUCAAGUAUCGAUACGACAUGCACCAUUUGGGACAUCCCGUCACUGACUGCCAAGACACAACUCAUUGCUCACGAUAAGGAGGUCUACGAUGUGCGAUUCUGUGCCAACAGCGUGGAUGUUUUUGUCAGCUGUGGUCAAGAUGGCAGUGUCCGGAUGUUCGACCUGCGCAGUUUAGAACACUCGACUAUCAUAUAUGAGCCAACUGGCAAAGAGGAUAGAGAUGGAAAUGGUCGCUCCAGUCCAUCUCAUUCACAGCAGGCCAUUGGCAGCCCGCCUCCUCUGUUGCGUCUUGCAACAUCACCUCAUGACACGCAUCUUUUAGCAACCUUUGCCCAAGACUCGAGCACGAUUCGCAUCCUGGAUGUUCGGCAACCUGGCCAAGCGCUGCUUGAGCUCAAGGGACAUAGCGGCCCAGUCAACUGUGUCGAAUGGUCACCGCUUCGACGAGGAACGUUGGCAUCGGGCGGCGACGAUUGCCAAGUUCUUGUCUGGGAUCUUAUGAACUCAAGUUCAUCAAUUGGUGGACACCCACUCAAUGGAACUUCGCAGCAAGAUAACCAACGAAACCCAGUGGCCAGUUGGGAAUGUGAAUAUGAGGUCGGGAACAUUGGCUGGGUUCCUCACCUGCAAAAUACCGAAUACGGUGAAUGGCUAGGGGUUAGCGCGGGCCGCGGCAUCUGGGGGGCACGCCUAGUGUAA